AUGAUCGUAACCUAUCCUUUGAGCCGAAGGAUCCCAAUUUCUUCUAGCUCAUAUAAUUCUCCUACUGACUCGAAUAACCCUUUGAAGAUAUUCCUUCCUAUCUUCUUUACGUUCUUUGGAAUCGUGUUACUCGUCAUAAUCAUUCAGGUGUGUCGAAGAGCAUCAUUCCACAAUUCAUUUCGAUCUGCCCCACCCAGACAAGAUAUCGAACAACCAUAUACUAGGCAAACGCCUUUCGAAGUUGAUCCACCUACCAUUACUCCUUAUCCAGCACCCACAUCCAGUCCCAUUUCUUCCUUCGCUCAGAACCAUGGUCAAUCUCCAAUAAUCCAGAAUGUCCCAGUGGCAUAUCAUACCACUCCAACUAUAAGGGAUAAUGAAAUAUCAGUACCGACGUACAACAGGACAAAUUCGACUUACGGACAGAGUAUGCCUCCCACUUAUGAUGAUGUGAUUGGGGGACGAUAA